AGGUAGAAGAGAAAGAACAUCAGAAUGCAUGGCUAGGCAUCAUCACACAGUGUAGGGUACCGCAAGCGAGAUGGCGGUUGACAGUCAAUUGUAGCUCACCCACACAAAGGUAUGCACACAGUCAAGUGACUUGCUUACACCUGCAAUUAAGUCACUACAAACAAAUGGGUUGGAGGGAGGUGGCGGGUGGAUGAGAAGCAAGAAGGACAGGUAAAGUGCAAAAGCCGCUUUCACGUCCAAGCAAUGCGUUUAUUCUAGCGAAAGCCAGGGUUUGUCAAUCAAACACGUGGAAUCUGUAGGCGCACGCACUGGACGGCACACAUUCUCUCUCUCACGCGCGAGCUUGAAUGUACCUGUGCUGCCAUCUACUGGCUGGUGCUGCCACGCGACGCCGCCGCCAAGGGGGAGCCAUUGUGACACUGAGCAAUCUUCGGUACCAGGAGGAGGAUGGGGUGGGGGAGACAACUGCAGCGGCCAGCUAGGCAAGGGGGGGAUCACACGGAGGACUUGCCUGCAGUCCGCGGUAACACACGGGCGCGAAGGGAGAGGAUCGAGCACCGAUGUACGUGCCUCUAGUUUGUGAUUAACUCCCUUCAACACCGCAUCACAUCAGUCUGCUGGAAGCUGCAAAGGCCCAGCAAAGCCCACCGCCGCCUGUCAAGAGUUAAAACGAAGACGAACUCACAAAACAAAACCAAAAAUCUUCGCCAGCGGUGACGAAAAAAAAGCGGGAAAGGAGAGAAAGGCUCCAUCGUAGUCGUGUUGCCGGCGAAGGGAAAAAGAGGUCCGCCGCCGCCGUUGUGCCGUCGCUGUCGUCGUCGCCGUGUUUGGUGUGGUGUGGGCGGCGUCGCUCAACUCCCCUGGCUCUCGCGCUGACACGCUGUCGCUUGCUGGAGUUUGUGUCGCGCAGCUGUCGCGAGCGGUUAACGCUUGCCGCUCUUUCAAACCCCAAUAUUGUCGCUAACCGCAUGGAGAGAGCCACCCCGCUCACGUCUGUCGGAUUACCACGGUCACUUCCAACACCACAGCUCGGCCCGUGAGCUUUCACCUUUUCAUUGCUUUGCAUCGCCGACACUGGCAUCCGUGUGGGCGGAGGCUGAAGGCAGGAAGGUUGCGGCGUGGGGAAGUGGCCAGCGAGUGAUCAAGUUAGCCAGGUGGCGAUGGAGGGGCGGGAGAUGCCAGACCAGCCUGCAGCUGCCAGUGGUUCCAGCAAGCAGCCGAUGACAGCGGUGGUGUGUGGAGUCUGGCAACAGCCGAGUGAUCAUGUCGAUUAGAGGACGACACCGACCAAGCAGCAACAAGCGACGGGGGAGACGCAACACCGGCCACAACCGCCGCGACCCACGUCUCCAGCGCACGGCCACGACACAAGCCUGCACUAAUCAUUGGUAUCAUCAUCACGACGACGACGACGACAACAAAGAUGGUGCCUUGAAAAAGGGGAAAAGAGUGAGAUGAGACCCCCGUAGCAGCCAGCAGCGUGCUGAUCUUGUCUACGUCCGUCGCCAAGUCCUCCCGAGGAGAGCCUGGAGCCGAGCUAACCACUUCCUCUCAUCUUCCGUCCUUAUCCUCCGUACGACCGGUGCAUGCACCACCCCACCCCACCCUCCACACACACCCCCAGCGACGUGGCCAGCAACACGGCGCGCGGCCACACUGCGGCGAAGGGUGACGGGCUGGUGUCUGUGCCGUUGUUCCUCCCCUUGUUGUCGUUCUCUACUCCCCCCUUCCCGGUGCACAGAAGUGUCGACGGCGUCAGACGACCGGUGGGUGUCGAGCUAACGCGGUGCGCAACACCACUUACAUAGACACCUGGGCACCGCUGGCCGGACGAACGGUCGGCCUGAGGACUAACUAAACAGUGAGCGUCCAGCCGUGGAUUUUGUAUGUGGCCAGGCCAACACCAAUACAGCCAACAUGAGUAUGAUCAGCUAUAGCACUGGGCCAAAGGACAUCGAUGCGGUUGAAUCACAACGGUUAGAGCGAAUUCAAGCAGCUCGGAGGAUCAAGCGCAGCAAGUCAGCACAUAGCCACCACAGUUACUCAGUGGAUUCUCGUCAAGAGGAGGAGACAUCAACUUGCUUGCCCAACUGCCUUCGUUUCCAACAACGCUCUGAUCGUGAUCAACUUUAUAGAUCACGCAAUGACACAUCAGUAUCUGACUUCCCUUCACCUGACUCCAACCCUCCAUCCUAUGAAGGAACAUGCCAGGGAGCAGAGUUUCGGUCCAGGUCUUGGUCGUCCAACACUAAAAGUCUGCAAGAGGACUGUCUGGAGAACAGGGAUGAGCGAACAGCCCUGUUGGUUGACAUAGGGAACCAGGUUCCAAGGUCCUAUCCCAAGCUGUCGGACGAAGACAAUGUUAAUCUGGACGAUGGGAUGGGCCCACCCGGGAGCGACUAUGACUGCUGUGAGCGGGUAGUCAUCAACGUCAGCGGUCUCCGCUUCGAGACUCAGUUGAAAACAUUAAAUCAAUUUCCAGACACGCUCCUCGGCAACCCUCAAAAAAGAAAUCGCUACUACGAUGCGCUACGGAACGAGUACUUCUUCGACAGAAACAGACCAAGUUUUGACGCCAUACUCUACUUCUACCAAAGUGGGGGGCGCCUACGACGACCUGUGAAUGUGCCAAUCGAUGUGUUUUCGGAGGAGAUUAAGUUCUAUGAACUAGGAGAGAUAGCUUUUGAGCGGUAUCGUGAAGAUGAAGGAUUUAUCAAAGAAGAGGAAAAACCACUUCCACAAAAUGAGUUUCAAAGACGUGUUUGGCUUCUUUUCGAAUACCCAGAGAGCUCAACUGCAGCCAGGUUAAUUGCCAUUUUUUCUGUGGUAAUAAUCUUGCUGUCUAUUGUGAUAUUCUGUUUGGAAACGUUACCAGAGUUUAAGCAUUAUCGAGUGCAUAAUGCAUCAGAUAACACUUCUCGGGAAUCCUUGGAAGAAGAUGAUAUCCCAAAGUUUAAUGAACCAUUUUUCAUUAUUGAGACAUGCUGCAUAAUCUGGUUUACAUUUGAACUGUUGGUUCGUUUUGCAUCCUGUCCAGAGAAACUGGGCUUCUUUAAAAACAUUAUGAACUGCAUUGACAUUGUGGCCAUCAUUCCAUACUUUAUUACACUUGGCACAGUUGUGGCAGACGAGAGCAAAAGCAAUAACCAAGCGAUGUCCCUGGCCAUCCUGAGGGUUAUCAGACUUGUUAGAGUGUUUCGUAUCUUCAAACUGUCAAGACAUUCAAAAGGAUUACAGAUUUUAGGUCAGACACUAAAAGCUAGCAUGCGAGAACUUGGAUUGCUGAUAUUUUUUUUGUUCAUAGGUGUAAUCUUGUUUUCAAGUGCAGUGUAUUUUGCUGAGGCAGAUGCUGACCAGACACAUUUUAGAAGUAUUCCGGAUGCAUUUUGGUGGGCAGUGGUUACCAUGACAACUGUGGGUUAUGGAGAUAUGCGACCUAUCGGGGUGUGGGGUAAGCUUGUAGGUUCUUUGUGUGCCAUUGCUGGAGUGCUGACAAUUGCUUUGCCAGUUCCUGUUAUAGUUUCCAACUUUAACUAUUUCUACCAUCGUGAAGGGGAUAGCAGUGAUAAAAACACUUACAAGCAUGUUCAGUCUUGUCCCAACUUUGCAGAGAAGAAAGGCUCCAUUGAUUCAGAAUGUGGGUCAGAUAUUAUGGAAAUGGAGGAAGGAAACAGUGUUUCACUGACAGACAAGACCAAAGAAAAUCAUGCUGUAAAAGCAAAUAACCCCACGAGUGCCAACAACUUUGGAAUGGAGACCGAUGUAUGAUUAUGACUGAAUGUGUACUCUGCAGUUUUCUUACCCUAGUUUGCUGUCGCCAGCCCAUAUUACACAUCAGAAAUGACUGUAAUGUGUUCUUGCCAUUUCCAUCACAGCUUAUGGUUUAAGACAGUGCCCUGUGAUUUCUACUAUGUUGUGUGACUACUGGUGUGUCCGUGACAAAAGUUUUAAACAAUUAUGAAUGCUGUGUGCUUCCCCACCUGAAGGAAAAUGCACAAAAAAAAGAGAAGAGGGAGGACCACCACGGGAGGCCUGCAUUGGCACUUAUUUGGCAGUGCAUGUGUUGUUAUAUUGUCUCAGCAAUAGUGCCAUUUCAGUGAAGGAGUGCCAUUUAGCAGGUGCUGCCCAAUAAACUGACAGGGUCAGGAGUCUUGAGAAAUAUCUAACAGUUUUAGAAAACACUCAAAAGGUGUAGUUUUCUUCAUUCCAUCUAUACCAUUUUACCUUAUUUUAAAUGAUGCCAUUUUUUUUCUCCCAUAGUCUAACCUGAUGAUUUUCAUGAUAUUUUGCUGAUUUUUGAAAGAGAAAAUCUGUAGUCAUCUGUAUGAAGAAAUAACUGCUUCCAAUGCCAAAGUUAGACCUUUGAGAAUGGCGUGCCAGAUGCUUGGAGACUACUCAUGGGUUGGGUCAGUGUAAUGUUCUAACAUCCUUCCAUCUUCUGCCUCUCUCAAAACUUCAAGGACAGAAAUUUAUCUUCAAGGUCCUUACAGUUGGCUGCUUCAAUGUUUUCCAGACUGUUAAAGCUAUGCACAAAGCUGGUCUUGGACAUGCUCUUUCAUUGUUUUGCACUUUAACAAACUAGCAUUUUCCUUUGAGUGUUUUCCAAGUGUGCAGUUCGGAGUACUAGUGUACUAGUUUCUCCUCUUAUGUAUGUGGCAUCAGCUCAGAGCACACAGUGAUCAAGAAGAACAUUCCCUCAUCUGUGGUAAAAAAAAAAAUGGUUUCACAAGACUUUCACCAGGCUUCUAAGAACCUUCCAUACCAGUGCCAGCAUAAAUGAACAGAGCCUUGGCAAAGAAUCCUUACGAACCUGGCUGGUCUUUCAUGCAUGGCAAUGGAUGGUAAAAUGGAGGUAUCACACCCAUCCCCAAGAAUGCUGUGGUGCGUGACACUGCUGCCAUUUCAUUGACGGUCAUGUCUUUGGUAGAGCUGGAAGCAUGGAGGCCUCUUUUUAUGCUCAGAUUAAAGCUGUCUGCCACUUUCACAACUCAGCUUUCUGUGCUGAUAGAGACAACUACUUUCCGGCACCUUCAUAGAUCAGAACAUGACAGAUUUUAGCAGCUACAUUUGCCCCAGGAUCUACGCCACUGUUUCCAUGACAUCCUUGCAGAAGCAGAGAUGGAAAGAUCUUUGAAGCAGAUUGCAACCAUGAAGCACCCAUGAUCCCAGCAGAGACCUGGGGUUGGCUGUUUCCGAGUUGAAUAAGGGAACUUGCAUUCACUUCUGUGCACAUGUUAGAAAACUGAACUCUUCCAGAGUGUAUUCUUCUUUCUGGCUUGGGGAUACAUUUAGCCUUCACUUCUGCCUGCCAGACUAUGACAACCUGAAUUCUGUGACUGUUGCAGGCAGUGUCUGCCUGCUUUCUGAGCAACCAUCAGCAUCAAGUUUACACCUGUUAAGUCACUCCCAAGUCCCAUGUAGUCUUGAGGUAGGAGAUCUGUUAUGGUGAGCUCUCUUGCACAUAAAUUUGCUGCUCGAUAAGAUGGCUCCAUUGAUCUGGACAUGCUGCAGCUCUUGCACUGUUGGUAGAUAGUUUAGUUCAGAAAGUUUAGUUAGCAAGCACUGGUGCACACUAGAUCAACCUUAAAGAGGUGAGGAUCAAGCAUACAAAGUCUUUCAGAAUGAAGCAAGCUCUGGACUUGUAUCAUUCUCUACACAAACUUAACUGCCCAGAUUUCUCCUGCCGUUAAAACAUUGUGGUGGCAUAAUGUUUAAAGAAAAGUAAAGUUUUUGUGCUUUCUUCUAGAAGAAUUGACAUGAACAUGAAGAAAUAUUGGGCUAAUGGUGAAGGAAUUACUAAUGUCCUUUCAAAAUAUAAUCAUGACUUUAUGCAAUUUCAUAUUCCAAUGUUUUUCUCUCUCCCUAAAUUUCAUUCAGACAAAGGACUCAGGGCACUUUUCUGUUGAUGUCACUUACAAGUUAUAUGCACUGGGUUAAUUUUGUAAGAGUGCUUUUGUGAGUGAUUUUGUGGCUUAUUGGAAAAGACCCGGUAAAACAUUAUGUCCAUUUCAAGAUGAAAUAGAAAAUACUGUUUGAUAAGAAAGUCUAUUGUCACGUCAUAGAAUUUUGGGGAGGUUGAAGGAAAAACAGAUCUGUAGCAAAGUAGAAAACAUCUUGUGAAGGUGAAAAAUACAUCUUGAACUUCGAGAUCUUUUACAGACUUUCCCUUGCGUUUUUUUGUCGUGCGAAGAACAUUCUUUGAAAAAUUCAAGAGCUUAUGAAGGUAGUAUCAUAUAAACUGUGCUCAUGGGUAUUUUGCUGCUAAUGAUGUCUUGAUAACUAGUUCCUACAUUACAGCCAUAAAAUGAGAGGAAAGUAAAGGUGGGGUGAAAUUAAUUCUGUUCUUUAGCCUUUAACCAAUCUUAACUAUGUCUCUUACGCUCUUGCUUAUUUCCAUUAAUCUCCUGCAUCUUCAGCUUGGGAGGACAUUUAUACCAAAGCCAGUUUUUGUGUUUGUCUGUGAACCUGCCUUUCUGACCCUGUGGUUGAGUUAUCUUUGUUUUCCUGCCUAUACCCAUACCUCUUAAAUGGUAAAUUCCAACAAAUGCACACACAUUUUUUCAUUUUGCUCCUGAAAACAAGCUGGCAGACUAUGUUUGAAGCAUAUUGCACUUAAGAAUCUUGAACACGGUUUUUUUUUAUUAUUAUUAAUCUAGGUCUAAGCAUAUGCCACAAAAUUACUGGUUUCAUUAUAUAAAAAAGUCAACUAAAUAUUUGUGCAAGUUGUUUUUAACAAGAGUACAGUUCUUUUGAACUUUGAAACUGAUCAUGUUUCCAUCAUGGCAGUGGAUCUACAAUAAGUGCCCUGUCUUGUCUCAACUACAUUGUCCAGUCUCAACAUGCUUAAACUCUGAAUAGUCACCAUUAUUGUAUUAUAAUGUAAGUUGUUGAACCAUUAAUAACUUUAUUGUUAAUUAUUUAUUUGCUCUCUAUUGCUCCAGGUUUCUGGUCUCUUCCUCUGUUUCAUAUUGUCAGCAUUGUGUACUGCUUAAAUUCUCUUUCCUUCCUGACCUACAACAUGCAUGUUAGAAUGUACUGUUAUGGCCCGUAGUAAUUACCUCAUAUUUCAUCAGAGCUCAGUCUGCAGAUUUUUAUUAUGAAAUAGCAUUUAAUGAGAGAAAAUCUGGGUGUGCUUGGUCCUGCAUAUAUGCCUUCAUUCCUGAUCUGUAAUCCACAUAUUGAAGGUACAAUGGGAGAUACAUGUUACUGGUUCUUGCACCUGAUGUACUCUAAGAAUGUGUACUCUUGCUAGCAUUGUAAAAACAACAUUUGCUCUUUAAUGGCAUUAGUAUUUCAAACGAUAUUCUUCGUAACUUGACACAUAUUUAUAAUGGAAUUUUAACCUUCCAUGUUGAUUUAUAUGGGGUUCCCUUUGUUGAAGUAGGCCCUUUAUUUCCACCCUUGUCGGCAUAUUUGUUCUGCAUUGUAUCAGAUAUUACUGAAGUUUUAUGACUUUUUUAUAAUUAAUUCAUAAUGCUCAGUAUUUUCUUUAUUUCAGUUUCAUUCAUUAUUGCUUUGCAAGAAUGUUUAGAUUAUUGAUGAUCCCCAGAGAUGCUUACCACUGUUUUUACUCCUUAAAAUAUAUGUAGAUUUUCAGUUUCAGAGUUUAUCUCUGGCAUUAUCUAACUUUCAGGUUACAAAUAUGUUUUAUUUAUAUUAUUAUACAAAAACAUUUUUUCUUUUGAUUAAUUUGAAGUAAUAUCUGGCGCAGGUUGUUUCUUCCCUAAGUUUUGUUAUUUUCCAUACUUUUGGGAUGCUUUUUUUUUUAUAAAAUAGGUUAUCAUGCUUUGAAAGCAAGCAUGUUACUUUAGAAAUUUAAGCUUAGAUUUAGAAAAUAAGUGCUGACUAGGAUUGAUAUGUACACUUCACAACCAUUGUACAUUAGAUAUAACUAAUAAUUUUUUUCAUCUUCACAUCAUUAUGUAAAUUUAUGAGUAGUCUUUAAAGUGAAGAGCAAGACAAAUGUUAAAUUAGACUUAAAUGAUAGAUUUUGACAUUUUAAAUCUUGUCUAAUCAAUAUUUCUGGUAUCAAAAUGAUCGUUUAGCAACCAAAAAUAUUGAUUGAAUAUGAUUAAGAUGCCACUAGUUAUCAUUUAAGCCCAUCUAACCAUUAGACUUGCAUUUCCCGAAGACUAGCACUGUAGUCAAAACAUAGAGAAACACAAAAAUGUAAUAUGUUGCAUGCAUAAGUUUUCUUUGUAAACUAGAGCAACAUAUUUCCUUUUUACAUAGGUCAGUCAUAAAUUAAUUUUUUUUUAAAUUAGUGGUUACUGGAACUAGUUCAGCUUUGAAGAGUAUCUUAAAUGUGUUUUGAUAAAGUUAAUAAUUUAUUAUCUGUCAAGAAAAAAGUAAUAUCACUACCAGAAAUGUUAUUUACUUUUUUCAAGUUUAAAUUUAAAAGAUAUUUACAUUUUUCUCAACUUCACUGUUGCUUCUAUAAUACUCAGUACAUACUUGAGUUGUCUAUUAGUGUAGAUGUAGAUUAGAUAUUUCUCUCUGUAUUUUUUUCUUUCCAUUUGAACAAUAUUUGGAAAGAGAUUUUCCAUCAGAAAACAUUUUAUUUUACUCAGGAUAAAUAGAUGGUAAUUGUGUUUGCUUUUUGUGACUGCUGUACCUACAAAGUUACACUUUUUUUGCACAGUUGUGCCAAGGAUUUUUACUCCUGCUGGUGAAAUUAUACAGAAAGCACAUUGUAGGAAUUAAACUAAAUGAUCUAGUGUAACAGCUGAAGAUUAUUCAGCAUCAGAUUGAAUGUUACAACCAACCAUUGACUGCUUACUCUUUUAUUUUUGACAGCAGCCUAGAACGAUGGCUGUGGCUGGUAGAAUAUUGUGUUCAGCAUUAUUAUAAUAUCUUUACAAAUCAAUCUACAAAAACAGAUCUAUUACUUGUGCCUAAUAUGUUUAAAACCAACUUUUGACUGCCACCUAGUCACUUCUAGAUCACAAAUCUCUUAAUCGACACAUGUAGCAUAAAGGUUCUUAAUGAUAUGAAGCAAAUCUAGUUAAGGGCCCACUAGGAGUUACUAGGAAAUUUAAUAUUUCCAAAAGACUGGUCAAACAAAUGAGGAAAACAUUUCACUAUGAACAGAAUUUGAGAUUUUUGAAGAAGUCAACCUGUAUUCCAUUUAAGGGAAAAAAAAGAAAAAUAAGCAAUUUGAAGCAAAAUGUUGACAAUCACUGAACAAGUUUGCUUUAAUCAAGUAUCUCUUGAUGAUUUACUGUAAUUUUUUUUUCUAACCCCCAACUAGUGCAUGUGACAAAAUAGUUUCAUUCGUCAUGUGACUUUUCAUUCUGUUACUACUACUCAGCCACUGCAACCCCCAAAUUUCAAAAUGGGAGCCCUUUGCACUGACCACCACCCUUAAGGAAGAAAUAAAAGCUGGCUUGUGUUGGUUUGUAUCAGUGCAUCUUACUCUGCCCGGUAAAAAUUAAGUGUAAUCUUUUCACUUUCUGUUAGGAAAUUAAUACAUUUCAAGGCUUCACUUAAUGCAAUGAACAUGCACCACUGAAGCAUAAUGUCUACCAUAAUGCAUGACUCAAUAUGAAAUGCUAUUUUGGCGAUACAAUUUAUGUGUUAAUGGCAAAAGCAUUAAUGUGCAGCAGCGUCAGCCGUUGUCACUAGACUUAUAUUAGCACAAGGUGGUUUAUUAUCAAGAAAGUGAUCCUUUGUCACCCUUUUUUGAGGAACUACUUUCUGCCUUCCAGAUGGUGUACGUCUUGAUAAUUCUAGUCAUACAAGUGUAUCUGUGAUACUGCUGUUGCUUUUUUUGAUACAGAUUCUGUGGGUUAUGGGCUGACUGUUAGUUUAUAUGACUAGUCUGUUGAUAUUUAAGGCCUGUGUUACUGAUGCUGAAUGCAGUCUGUGUAAAGAAUGUUGAUUGUAUUGGAGAAGAGUUACGUCUGUUACAGUCCACAUAAUGUUGAACUGAAGUUGAUUUGUAUUAUCUUUAUAUAGGAUGCAUUCUUUACAUUGUUUCAAUACUGUCUAUAUUGUACCAGAAUGAAAUAUAACCUUUAGUACCAGAAGCAAUCUUUGCACAAAGCCACAGUUUUGAGAAAUUUAAUCUUUAGGUUUUUUUUAAAUUUAGGGUUUUUUUCUUUGUCCCUUUUUUGUUUCGGUUUUUUAAAAUGUUAUUUUGAAAGUUUGAUUUUUUUUUUUAUGGCAUUGGUGUGGAACCUUUCUAUGUGAAACAAACAGAUAUAGCAUUAACAUCUGAAUUAUUCACUAAUGGAUGAAAUUCCAGAAUUGUGGAAAGAGUAGGUUGCUGUAGGUUUGAGGGUAAAACUGUACUUGUUUAGGCAGUCCCCUCACAUUGUUGUACAGUAAGCCAUUGAGAGGUGUAGCAGCAGCUGUGUGAUGUUGGAAUCUGUGAUUACUUUCUCAAUAUUGUUAUGAAGUAGGAAGACUUUUAAAAUGGCAGAAUUAGUUUCCCAAUUAGAAUAAAGAGGUGGUAUUCUCAAGAUUUACAUAUGACAUGGUUCUAUUGGUUUAUUUCUGCUAUAUUUCAAGAACAGUAUUGUGACCAUUUCUGAUAUAUAUAUAUAUGAACGCCAGAAUAAAAGGGCUGGACAUGGGGUCACCUAGAGCGGGUUUCAGCCGAUCGACAUUGGUAGCGGACUCUGGUUGAGGCCUUAUGUGCAACCUGAUGCACGAAGAAGAUUAGAUAGAUAGAUAAUGCCAGAAUAGCCCAUAGUUGACAUAAAAAUCUUUAUUUUACAAACCACUCAGGUUACAAGUAAAAACUACUUCUGAUAUAAUUUUGUAUCAAAAUGAAAAUGCUCUGUGAAAUUAGGUAUAUUUGCAGUGGUGUAGGAAUCAUGAGGGCACUCAACCUUACAAAAAAGAUACUUAGAAAGCAAGAAUGUGAAUGUCGUUCUCUGUCAGCAUGGAGUUUGCCCCCCAAAGCUGAGCAUCUGCCUAUACCACUGAUAUGGAAAUGAAAUUUGUGACAAAUUCUCCUCUGAUUAUUCAUACAUUAAUAACACAAAUGUAAUGCUGCAUUGCUAGUACAUAGCAUAUUUUAAUGAAGAGUUCUUUCUUUGUAAUUUAAUUGUUUCCCAGUAAAGUUUUUUCCUUAUAUUUUUAUUCCUUUAUGUCUGGUAAGAUGAGGUCAGAUAGCAAAUGUUACUUAUGGGCUUGAUUGUAAUUUCUCUUUUUAGUCAUAACUAGAUUCAGGCUCAUAGUGUUAAACUACUGUCAUAUGGCAUUUGUGCUUCCUUAUUCAAAGAUGGCAGUUUUAAAUUUUAUUUAGAUUGGGAGAUAUUUUCAGUUAUUAGUUUUGUGAAUUUUUUACAGUAAUUAACAGUGAUAAACUGUUGCUGAAUUGUUGCACUUGCACUGCAGUAUUCUCAUGAAACAGAGAUGAAAGUGUGAAAGAGGGAAUGGGGAAAGGGGAAAACGAUUGAGAGAGUGAAUGUGAAAGAAUUGCAGUUUUAAUGUCUAGUAUAUUUUGAAGUGCCUGACAUUUGGCUGAAGUGCGAUUCCAUUCCUAGAAGUAUGUGUUCUGUGUAACAUCUUCCAAUAAUGGCAAGUACUGAUUUCCUCUAAGCCAGUAUUGAACAGAUUUUUGACAAUUCUAGAAAGACUUUUUUUUGUAGAUUUCCACUGUUUACAUGUUUAGGUUAAGUAAGGGCAAAUUAUGGCAUCAGCGUCUUGUAUGUAUUUUGGAAUAGAAUAGUGGUUCAAUUUUACUCAGGGUUUUUUUUUAGAUAUUAAGCUUGAGGAAAUGGGAAGUUUAUACAGUGGUUGAAUAGCUCAGAAUAUAUAAUUGAUGGGUUUCUUCCCUUUGAGAGAUUGCAUAAUGACUUUUUCAAGGGUUGGGGGGAAGGGUCAGGGAUGUCCCCUAAACGGUCUAGUGUGUACUUUUAGACAAAAAUAUUGGCUGUUGCCCUUAUAAGUUAAAAAUAAGGGGCUUGGUGCAAUUCUUUGCUGUGAUUUUUGUUUGUUUUGUUUCAUUUUUUCUGUAACCUUUGGCAAUGUCAUGGAACAGCAGUCAUGCAGUGAAAUUUAGGUCUAUUCAUUAUGUUUUUAUUCAAAAUGAUCUGUAAUGUUAAAAUGUUGACAUAUUGGAACAGUUAUGUUAGAAAGUUGAUAUAUUGGAACAGUUCAGCAUUUUCUCUAGCCUUUAGUACUCACCUGUAUCUUUUUGGAAAAGAAAAUAAUGCAUUACAGUAAAAGAAUAUUGAUAUAUAUAUGUGCAUUUAAUACUUAUAGAGAAAUAUUACACUUUAAGAGAAUGAUGAGAUUGUGAGUAUUUCUUACACAUAGAGAGUACUUCUGGCACUGUUGUAAGUAAAAGAGUACUAAUGUGUAGAAAAAAAAA